GGUGCAACGUGCUAAUGCAAACAAUCCUGCUCGCAGAAAGGCGACUAUUCCAAGCCGUAGCUGUAAAAAAGUAAAUGUAGAAGAGUCGCUUGUUUCGCAACACGAUUUGUGCCAAAAGGGUGUAAAUACCCCGUUUUCAUGAGCUUAUUUCAAAGGGGACGUGAGUGAAAUUGCCUGCACCCAAACAUUGAUUUGGUUUGAUUCUAAAAAAAAAAGUUCAACUGCUCUCCAUAAUGAAAGCAAUCACGGCAGUGUGUGCUACAGGUUCCCCUGUUCCGGCUAUUGCGAAUGGCCGUGUGCGUCAACGCCAUCGAGAAGGGGAAAAUGAUCCGGAGAUUCAGGUGUAUUUAACGAAGCUUAAGGACUUGGUACCGUUUACGGCGAAAGACCGCAAAAUAUCCAAGCUCGAAGUCAUCCGGAAUGUGAUUGACUACAUUUGUGAGCUGCAGAAUACUCUAGCGCACGCCGACGCAUCAUCCGAUUCGGCCACACCAGUAGGACAGAGACAACCUCUGGGCAUUCGGCCCCCAGCCCCCAAUACGAUUCUGGCCACUAGUUCCUCCCUUACUGGCAACAUGAACAACAACGUUCACACUUCCAACACCAGCACCAUCUUAACUGGCGAAACUUCCGUCGCCAGUGAUACACCACUGGCAGCAGCCGAGAUCAGCGAAAAAGUGAUGCCCUCGUAUUGAAAUUCGGAAAUAUGGUGCCUGUUCCAAAACGGAGCUCUUUUACCUGGUGCAAUAAACCAACAUACAUACAUACAUAUAUACAUACCCGAUGAUUCUAGCGGAUCUCAACUGCCGACUCUUCCCUGUCCCAGGCGAGUUGUGCUAUAUUCAGAAUCAUCGAGGUGCCUUGCAAGGUGGCAAGGCAAUCUGACAAAAAGGAUGGUAGGAACUUCAAGAUGCAUUAUGUGUAAGAAUUGGCCAGGAAUAGAUCUGCCCAUUUUUCGACUAUUAUACUGAAACAAACACAAUUAUUUUAAUUCCAUUAAUGUUCUGUGAUUAAUAGACAUAUGUUUCGUUUAAUUGUGCAUAGUUGUUAUGAAAACAUUCAAAUACGUACCCGUAAACUUGUAGCGUUGGAGAAGAACCCAUAAAAUUCGUCAUCGGGCACUUUGAAGUUUGAAUAUCUGACUGGAAUGGGAGAUACGUUCACGUGACUCUACUGUGCGUAACCAUGGAUUAAGGACUUUUCGAGUUCUCAACUUUUGUUUUCAACAUUUUAAUCAUAACAUCAAAGUUCUUGGUCCAUACCGAAAUACUACAACAGAUUUUCUGUAUUGUAGAGGGGUUGUCCAUCUAUUUCUUUUAGUUAUUUCGUAUGAGCUAUUACAAAUAAGAUCUGAUCGACAAAAGCGAUCUAGCAUUAUUACUACCGAGAGCAGACGAAAUUAUAUUCAAUUAAAUUAUUGUAAUAUUAAAGCGUUUGUAGUGCAAGAUGUAAACGAAGAAGUAAAUAAAAUGUAC